AUGGAGCCCCUCGGCCUCGUGCUCGUCCUGCUGCUGCUGCCCCCCGUCCGGCCCCACCCCGGGCGGAUUUUGGGGGGCUCCGAGUGCCCCCCCGGGGCGCACGCGGGGCUGGUGCGGCUCUUCCAGUUUGACCAGUUCGUCUGCGGGGGGGCCCUGCUGAGCCCCCAGUGGGUGCUGAGCGCCGCCCACUGCCGGGCCAGCCACCUGCAGGUGCGCGCAGGUGAGCACAGCCUGGCCCAGGGGAGCGGCCACGAGCAGUUCGCCGCCGCCGUGGAGCUCGUGGUGCACCCGGACUUCGGCAAAGGCGCCGGAAAUUCCCGAAAGUUCCGCGUGCCAGGUGUGCCCCAGGUGUCCCCAGGUGUGCCAGGUGUGUCCCCUGUGUCCCCAGAGUCGUACCCGGACGUGCCCCAGUGCCUCAAUGUCACCGUGCUCGGGGACAGCACCUGCAGUGACACCUACGGGGCGCAGGUGACAGCGGACAUGCUGUGCGCAGGUGUGCCCGAGGGCGGCAAGGACUCCUGCCAGGGUGACUCCGGGGGUCCCCUGCUGUGCCAGGGCCAGCUGCAGGCCGUGGUGUCCUGGGGUGACCACCCCUGCGGGCAGCCCGGCCGGCCGGGGGUCUACGCCCGCGUCCCGCCCGCGCUGGCCUGGAUCCGAGAGGUCACCGGAGUGACCGCUGUCCCCUCCUGUGACACCGAGUGACCGCUGACCCCUCCUGUGACACCGAGUGACCGCUGUCCCCUCCUGUGACACUGAGUGACCCCUGACACCACCGAGUGACCGCUGACCCCUCCUGUGACACCGAGUGACCGCUGUCCCCUCCUGUGACACCGAGUGACCACGGACACCACGGAGUGACCGCUGUCCCCUCCUGUGACACCGAGUGACCGCUGUCCCCUCCUGUGACCCCGAGUGACCACUGACACCACCGAGUGACCGCUGACCCCUCCUGUGACCCCGAGUGACCGCUGUCCCCUCCUGUGACACCAAGUGACCGCUGACCCCUCCUGUGACACCGAGUGACCGCUGACCCCUCCUGUGACCCCGAGUGACCGCUGUCCCCUCCUGUGACACCGAGUGACCGCUGACCCCUCCUGUGACACCGAGUGACCGCUGACCCCUCCUGUGACACCGAGUGACCACUGACACCACGGAGUGACCGCUGUCCCCUCCUGUGACACCGAGUGACCGCUGUCCCCUCCUGUGACCCCGAGUGACCACUGACACCAUGGAGUGACCCCUGACCCCUCCUGUGACACCGAGUGACCGCUGACCCCUCCUGUGACACGGAGUGACCGCUGUCCCCUCCUGUGACACCGAGUGACCCCUGACCCCUCCUGUGACACCGAGUGACCACUGACACCACGGAGUGACCACUGACCCCUCCUGUGACCCUGAGUGACCGCUGACCCCUCCUGUGACCCCGAGCGACCACUGACCCCUCCUGUGACCCUGAGUGACCGCUGUCCCCUCCUGUGACACCGAGAGACUGCUGUCCCCUCCUGUGACACCGAGCGACCGCUGUCCCCUCCUGUGACACCACGGAGUGAUCGCUGACCCCUCCUGUGACCCCGAGUGACCCCUGACCCUUCCUGUGACCUCUGACCCCUCCUGUGACCCCCACUGACCCCUGACCCCCCCGAGUGACCCCUGACCCUUCCUGUGACCUCUGACCCCUCCUGUGACCCCCACUGACCCCUGACCACCCCGAGUGACCCCUGACCCUUCCUGUGACCCCUGACCCCUCCUGUGACCCCCACUGACCCCUGACCCCCCAUGAGUGACCCCUGACCCUUCCUGUGACCCCUGACCCCUCCUGUGACCCCCACUGACCCCUGACCCCCCCCGAGUGACUCCUGACCCUUCCUGUGACCCCUGACCCCUCCUGUGACCCCCACUGACCCCUGACCCCCCCAAAUGACCCCUGACCCUUCCUGUGACCUCUGACCCCUCCUGUGACCCCCACUGACCCCUGACCCCCCACGAGUGACCCCUGACCCUUCCUGUGACCCCUGACCCCUCCUUGACCCCCAGACCCCUCUGGUCACCUGUGGUCACUCGGAGCCGGGCCUGGAUCCCAGCGGUCGUCGGCGCCGCCACACUGACCGCUGACCCCUCCCUUUGCAAUAAAGACCAAUCAGAGCUCA